AUGACUCACCCGACGGUUAAACCGCCAUACUAUAGUGUGAUCUUCACCAGUAUUCGUACCCUGGGGAACGACGACGAGUACCACGCUAUGGCCACGCAAAUGGUGCAAUUGGCCCAUACUAUGCCUGGCUUUCUCGGCGUCGACUCGGCGCGUGACUCUAAGCUUGGGAUCACCGUGAGCUAUUGGAAAGACGAGGCCAGCAUCGCCCAUUGGAAACAACAGGCUGAUCAUUUACAGGCUCAAAAGUAUGGUAAACUGAAGUUCUAUGAGCACUAUACCGUCACCGUGGCUCGUGUAGAACGGGCCUACCAAUUUACCGCCAAAAAUCAAUAA